GUAGGUGUAAAUUGUUAACAAACAUUUCAUACGGGUAAAUAAAAAACAGCGGAUGUUAUCGCCAGAGGCUAGCGGCAAAGGAGUAUCAUAUGAAAAACAGCUUGAUGCUGACUCUCUGUUUGGUUUAGACUCAUACUUUGAUACAGUUGCUUUGUUGCUCAGCUAUGGUGUUGGUCCACCAUGGUACUGAGUUUACAUUUCCCUUAGCCGUCUAAUUCUUGCCAUGGAUUUAUUACAUCCGCUCUACAUGAUGCCCUUUACAUGUCCCACAGUUGGGGGAAUUUCUGGUGCAUUCAUUACUCAUUGGUGCAUUCAUUAUUCAUUGGUGCAUUCAUUACUUGGCAGCUAAUUUCCGGAAGAAGUUAAUCAUAUUCCAUUUCCUUGUCAUAGUCAUUAUCCAUUGACUGGGUUGCUUCCAGUAUUAAGGAAGAAUAUGAUCGUUUGCAUAUUGAUUCCUUAUAAAGUUCUUUGCUUUCUUCGUUACCAUACGCAGGUGAAUUUUGCUUUAAUUUAUCAUACCUACCUCUUUGCCGACAUAAUAUUGCGCAACUUUAUUUAGUUCCUGUUACACAUGUUUAUCCAUAAGCUCUCUAUCUCUUUGCCCUACCUCACAAAGGCAUUUGCCUAAGUAAGCUCUCACUCUCGCUCUUUCUCUUUUUCUUGUACCAACUCUCUCGCUCUCAUUACACUUGUUUGCCAGUAACUUAGUAUCCUCCACAUUGCCACAGAGUUGGCAAUUUGCAAAGAUGAAAAAAAAGAAACAAAACAAAAUCAAGCAACAACAACUAGGGCUACAAUAAAAUCCCCCACAAAAAUCUCUUAAAACUGCAAAGAGCAGAAACAAAACAACAGUUAUGUUUGCUUAAUUUAACUGAUGUGAGUGUGUGUGUGUAAGUAUGUGCAAAAGUAAGCAUACAAAUAGUAGUGGUAGACCAACGAAGAAGACCAGAAGUAUUGUGGAGCAUCGUGGAGCCGCCAACGUCACCAACGCCGCCCUAGCCGCAGUAUUACAAAAACACAAACACUCACACAGCAGUCAGCAGAAAUAAUAAUUGAAAGGAUAGUAAGCAAACUAGGCAGUCAUUUAGUCAGUCAUUCAGCCAACAGUUUUGCUGUUGUUGUUGUAGCUGUUGGCAUUUUGUAUGCGCCUCCACAGGCCACCAAUCACAAUCACAACGAUAACAGAGAACACAAAUCACAACAUCAAAUUCUCCCCACUAGGAGAAUAAAACCACUAGACGAGACGCAACGCAACGCGACGCGAGUAACCAAAAGAGUUUACACAGUUUAAAGGCCCCAAGUAGCGGUAUUGGCAAAUAGUUUCAUUUAGCAAAUCGUCUGAAAAAGUUAACGCACCCAAAGGCCAAGAGCAGCAAACCAAAAAAAUAAAACGGGGAAAAAAUCAAAAUAAAAUCUCUGAAAAUCUCAAAAUCGUUUGUGUUUGUUUAACAAAUAAAAAUAAAAGCUGGAAUCGGUCGAUUUGGUGGAUAAGGCAAAACCAAAACAAAAAAAAAAGAAAUAAAAUAAAAAGAAAAAAGCAAAGUGAAGUGAAGUGAGAAAAAAUAAGUGUUAAAAGAGGAAAAGUAUCAAAUAUCCCAUAAGGAAAUUUCCUUAAAAAUGAUAAAACGGCUUUUUUGAAAAGUGUUGGUUUGUUAAGAAGAAAAUUUAAAGUGAUUGCUCAAAAAAAAUCAUUUUUAUUGGCCAUGUGAUUUUUCUCUCCUCUGCCAAAAAGAAAUCCUUGAGAAAAAUCUUUACUUUAAAAGUGUAAAGUGUGUGUGUUUUGUUUUUGUUGUUAGUGGUCAGUUGUCACAACAACUAGAUGGUUGUUAUUGUCUUCAUACAGCCUUGGUAAAGGAAUUUUAUGGCAUUACCUUAUACUCGCAUCCGCAUUGGGAGGAGAACAUCGCAGCUACUCGUUAUACUAUAGGCCUGCCAGUGUUUUCAUUUUUAUUUGUGUGUCUCUCAGCUGUGCUUUAAGGAUUGCCAACAUCUCACGGCAAUCAAAAAGUGAAAAAAAAACAGCAUCGUCAUCGUUGUUGUCGUCAUCAACAUCGUUAUCAUUGAAACAACCACACGGAAAAGCCAUCAUCAACAUCAUUAUCAUCAUCAUCAUCAUCGUUGUAAUUUGCUGCAAUAGCAACACAGAAACACCAACUCGUCACCAUCAAUAGCAGCAGCAGCAGCAGCACACACGUUGCUCAUUUACAUCCACAAUAUAAGAAAACAAUAUAAAUGUGUGGUGAAUACACGAAGAAUGCGUAGAAGGGUUUUGGCGAUUUAUUAUGAAGUUGGCUGUGUGAUUUCAAAGUUCAAAGUCGACCCCGAUUAGACGCUACCAAAGAGAAUCUCUAAAGGAUAAGUGAAAACUUGUGGGAAUCUUGAAAACCCUUUGAGAAUUCAUUUUGAAUGAAAACUUGUUCCUCACACCAUCUCAAUAUUGGAGCAGUUAACAGAUGUCGUUCAACUUCGGGGCCAUAUGAAACUCUUUAUUUCUUUACGUUGUCUAAUAUUGGUAGGGUGUUCACUGCGGCCACUGUGUCAUACCCCUUAACUUGCUCUUAGUGACGCAAAACGCUGCUCCCUUUAAACAUAAAAAUGGUAUAAAUACAGCAAACAUGUCGCAGCCGACUAUUAUAAAUUUGAAGAGGGCCGUUUUUAACGCAAAACUGCUGACAAGGAUUAAGCCCAGGAAAUAUGAAACUAUUUCUGAGCGCCACCUUGGCCAUUAUGCUGGGCAGCAUAUUGGGCCAAACGCAGUUGAUUCAGACAUCUCUGGGAGCCAUACCAGCAUCAGGACAAAUCACCUUGAAUGGCGGCAGCUAUCCACUGAAUGGAAUUGACAGCUCAUCGGCAUUGCAGAGUCUAAUGAAUACAGUGAACCAAGGGGGAUCGGGCAGUGUUAGUGUGAACAUCAAUCAGCAACCAGCAAAUGUGGUAUCACAUAGCAUUGUGGGUGGUACAGGCACUAUAUCGAUACCAUCGAAUAUUUUCGGAGGCACAGUUGGUGGCAGUAUCAGCGGUUCAAACAUCAUAAGUGGCAGCGGCAGUAUUAGUGGGUCCGCCACUAUUCCCAUCAGCACGGGCAGUAGUCAAGUGUUUACUGGGUCCACCACAAUACCCAUCAGCACGGGCAGCAGUCAAGUAAUUAGUGGUUCUGCUACAGUGCCCAUCUCCACGGGAUCCUCUACCACAACCACCAGUUCAGGUAGCAAGAAAUGGUCCAUAACCAUUAAUAACAGUGCCGUUGCUAAUAAAAAGCCCACUGUCACUAGUACAACUACUACCAGUAGCACUUCUACCAGCAGCAUACCAACAGCAACAACUACUACUACUACUACAACCGGAGGAACUGGUAGCAUUGCCCUAAAUGGCAUGAAUAUAAUCACUGGAACCUCUACUCUACCCAAGCAUAUACUCGAUCUUUUGAAUUCAGUCAGCUCUAACAGUGCUCCAGCUGUUGUUAUAAACACCACUCCACCCAAGGAACAACACAUUUCAAUUGGCCCAACGACAGGAGGAUCAGUUGUCAUUAAUCCUUUUCUGCCCCAGGAACAACAGAUUUCGGGAGGAACUUCCGGAACCAUUGUCUUAAAUGGUGGGCCAUCUCAGGAACACCAGAUAACGGGUGGCACUACGGGCACAAUUGUCUUAAAUGGUGGGCCAUCUCAGGAACACCAGAUAACGGGAGGCACUACGGGCACAAUUGUCUUGAAUGGUGGUGGCAGCACUACUAUGAAUACUCAAGAUAUUGGAACCGGCAGUGUGAUUAUAAAUGGACAAACAGGCAGCGGUGGCAGCACCAACAUAGGCGAUAUCAUCAAUGGCAUAGGCAACAUUGACCUAGGAGGUCCAACUGGUGGCAAUGUCAACAUUGAAGGUAAUGGCCAAUGGACAAUUGGUGGUGGCGGUACAAACGAAGUGGAACAUAACAUUAAUCUGAAUGGAAAUGGAGUAUGGAACAUGGGUAGCAUUGGUACCAAUGGCAACAAUGGUAUCAAUUUGCAAGAAACUGAGCAUAAUGUCAAUGUUGGAGGAAAUGGAGAAUGGACUAUUGGUAACAAUGGUAACCCUGUUGAAGAAAUUGUAAAUAAUGGCAACGGUGGAUGGAGUAUUGGUAACAAUGGAAACCCUAUUGAAGAAAUUGAACACAAUGGAAAUGGUGAAUGGACCAUUGGCAAUAAUGGUAAUCCAGUUGAAGUUAUCGAAAAUAACGGCAAUAGUGGAUGGACCAUUGGCAACAAUGGCAACCCCAUUGAAGAAAUCGAACACAAUGGCAAUGGUGAAUGGACCAUCGGCAACAAUGGAAAUCCUGUGGAAGAAAUCGAACACAAUGGUAAUGGUGAAUGGACCAUCGGCAACAAUGGAAACCCUGUAGAAGAAAUCGAACACAACGGCAAUGGUGGAUGGUCUAUUGGCAACAAUGGUAACCCUGUUGAAGUUAUCGAAAAUAACGGCAAUGGUGGAUGGACUAUUGGCAACAAUGGUAAUCCUCUUGAAGAAAUCGAACACAAUGGUAAUGGCGAAUGGACAAUCGGCAACAAUGGCAACCCCAUUGAAGAAAUCGAACAUAAUGGUAAUAGCGAAUGGACUAUUGGCAACAAUGGUAACCCUGUUGAAGAAAUUGUAAAUAAUGGCAACGGUGGAUGGACUAUUGGUAACAAUGGAAACCCUAUUGAAGAAAUAGAACACAAUGGAAAUGGUGGAUGGACUAUUGGUAACAAUGGAAACCCUAUUGAAGAAAUCGAACACAAUGGAAAUGGUGAAUGGACCAUUGGCAACAACGGCAACCCCCUAGAAGAAAUCGAACACAACGGCAAUGGUGGAUGGACCAUUGGCAACAAUGGGAACCCUCUUGGAGAAAUCGAACACAACGGCAAUGGCGAAUGGACUAUUGGCAACAAUGGUAAUCCUGUUGAAAUAAUCGAAAAUAACAGCAACGGUGGAUGGACUAUUGGAAACAAUGGAAACCCUGUUGAAGAAAUUGAACACAAUGGUAAUGGAGGAUGGACCACUGGCAACAACGGCAACCCUCUUGAAGAAAUCGAACACAACAGCAAUGGUGGAUGGACCCUUAACAACAAUGGCAACCCUAUUGAAGAAUUCGAACAUAACGGCAAUGGGGGUUGGAACAUUGGUAACAAUGGUAACCCUGUCGAAGUUAUCGAAAAUAAUGGCAACGGUGGAUGGACCAUUGGCAACAAUGGCAACACUCUUGAAGAAAUCGAACACAAUGGUAACGGCGAAUGGACCAUGGGCAGCAAUGGUAAUCCCGUCGAAGUUAUCGAAAAUAACGGCAACAGUGGAUGGACCAUUGGCAACAAUGGCAACACUCUUGAAGAAAUCGAACACAAUGGUAACGGCGAAUGGACCAUGGGCAACAAUGGUAAUCCCGUCGAAGUUAUCGAAAAUAACGGCAACAGUGGAUGGACCAUUGGCAGUAAUGGUAACCCUGUCGAAGUAACAGAAAAUAACGGCAAUGGUGGUUGGACCAUUGGCAACAAUGGAAACCCUGUUGAAGUAAUCGGAAACAACGGCAAUGGUGAGUGGACAAUUGGCAACAAUGGUAAUCCUGUUGAUGUAACCGAAAAUAACGGCAACGGUGGAUGGAACAUUGGCAACAACGGCAACCCUGUUGAAGUAAUCGGAAACAACGGCAAUGGUGAGUGGACAAUUGGCAACAAUGGCAACCCUCUUGAAGAAAUCGAACACAACGGCAUUGGUGAAUGGACAAUUGGCAACAAUGGUAACCCUGUCGAAGUUAUCGAAAAUAACGGCAACGGUGGAUGGACAAUUGGCAACAAUGGUUACCCUGUCGAGGUAACCGAAAAUAAUGGCAAUAGUGGAUGGACCACUGGCAACAAUGGUAACCCUCUUGGAGAAAUUGAACAAAAUGGAAAUGGAGGAUGGACCAUAGACAACAAUGGUAAUCCAAUUGAAGAGAUCGAGAACAAUGGAAAUGGAGGAUGGACCAUUGGCAACAAUGGUAACCCUACUGAAGAAAUCGAGCACAUCGGAAAUGGUGGGUUGACUAUUGGCAACAAUGGUAACCCUGUCGAAGUUAUCGAAAAUAACGGCAGCGGUGGAUGGACCACUGGCAACAAUGGCAACCCUCUUGAGGAAAUCGAACACAAUGUCAAUGGCGAAUGGACCAUUGGCAACAAUGGCAACCCUCUUGGAGAAAUCGAACACAAUGGGAAUGGCGAAUGGACUAUAGGCAACAAUGGCAACCCUGUUGAAGUUAUUGAAAAUAAUGGCAACGGCGGAUGGACCAUUGGCAACAAUGGCAUUGAGGAAAUCAAACACAAUGGUAAUGGAGGAUGGACCAUUGGCAACAAUGGCAACCCUCUUGAAGAAAUCGAACACAAUGAAAAUGCCGGCUAUGAGGAAAAAGAACCUGAAUGCACUGUUGAAGGAUCUGGAAAUGGUGAGGAAACAAAUCAACCAAUAAUAGAAGGAAAUGGCCAGUGGUCCAUCAAUAAUGGAGGAUCAAAUGAAGGUUCCAGCGCUGAAGGACCCAUAUUGGGAGAAAGUACUAACGGUGAACCUGGCUUCGGAGAGGAAAUUGUUAUAAAUGGAUCUAAUGAAGGUAUACCCGAAAGUGGUAAUGAAGGAGCAAAUACCGAGUUGGAACCCAAAAAUGAAGAUGAAGAAGAACCUUUUGAUAUCGAAGAUUUGAUUGAUGAUGAUGAAGACGAGGAUGACUAUUAUGACGAUGAAGAUGACUUUGAUCCCUUUAACAUUGGUCAUGGCCAUAAUAUUAUCAUAAUACAAGGCUCACACCGCCAUAGACAUCAUCAUCAUGGUCUAAGCCUGUAUGAUUUAAUGUAUCACAGUCUGCUGGGUCAAUUGCAUGGUGGUUGUUCCUUCAAAAAAGAAAUGCAUUUACGUCAUCGCCUUCAUUGGUAUCUGCGUCGCCAUAAACUGCCAAAGGGUCUCUAUGGCAUCUUUAAAAUCAGCGAUGAACCCAGUCUAUCCCACCAUCUAAGGAAUUAUCUGUCACAGGGCUCUGUACAUGACAGCUUCCCCAGUGGAUUGCAAGAUAUCUUCAACUUUGCCAAUAUGCAUAAUCUUCGUGGUCAUUUAGUGAAAUAUUUGAUUCGUGGAAGUGGUCCUCGCGUCACCUAUUACAAGACAUUUACUAGUAAAAAUGGUGAACCUCUCAAACUUGUCGAUGGAAAUCCACAAGAGCUAUUAGCUAAGAAUGAUAAAUCCAGUUCAGAUGUACAAAAUCCCAUGGUUGAUAUGUUCAACAAAAUGCCAGCAUUCCCUAGCUUUGAUUUACCCAAAGCUUUCCCUUCUUUGGCGAAAAUUUUUAAUUUUGAAAUUCCCAAAGAGCUGCCAGCCAAUGGCAAAGAUGGGGCCACUGCUGAAACCAGCUCAGUUGGAGAGCAAAACGUUGAAGCUGAGAAUAAUGUUCAGCCUACGUCUGCAGGCUCCUCUUCUCUUAAUAUUGUUGGCAGACCUCAAGGCUCUGUUUUAAAUGGCCAAUAUGACUUUGGAAGUUUACUACAUAAGCAAAUUUCGCCAAAUAUGCUGAGGCCUGCACCGCUCACUGAGGACAUUCAAACAUCUUCUCUUCACACUGAACCAGUUUCACACAGUAUGCUAAGACCUGCGCCUAUACCAUUGACAGGGGACUUCAAUGGUGCAUUUACGAAACCUAUGCCCCAAAGUAUGCUCAGACCUCUUGCUAUUCCUGAGAAGGGUUCCCUUCCUCUAGCCGGUCAUUUUGUUAUGCCAACCACCGAUGACAUUCAACACUCUAUUUCACACAGUAUGCUCAGACCAGCUCCCAUACCUGAUCAAGCUUAUCUUCCCGGAACCAUGAAUGGUCCAGUAACUGAUGAUUAUCAGAGUCCACCUUUUAUGCCCAUACCCGCUCUUGGGUAA